UUUCCGUACACUAACAAGAAAGUGUGAUACUUUGCCAUUACGUUCGAUUGCGGAAUUCCAUCCUCCUCAUAUCGCUUCGCUUUCCGUUCUCUUAAGCAAAACCUUAAUCUAGUUUCCAUAGUUUCUGUCUCUCGCAAAUCGUUCUCGGAAUUAUUUCGUAGAAGAAACCCUAGUUCCUGAUCCUGUUCGUCCUCUCUCUCGCAGCGAGAUAUCUCAACGAUGGUGAUCAGUUUGUUCAAGCUGGAGCACCCCCUCGAAAGGAGGCAAGCUGAAGCUUCUCGCAUCAGGGAGAAGUAUCCCGAUAGAAUUCCGGUAAUCGUCGAAAGAGCUGAGAAGAGCGAUGUGCCUGAUAUCGAUAAGAAAAAGUACUUGGUCCCGGCAGAUCUGACUGUCGGCCAGUUUGUGUAUGUGGUCCGGAAGCGGAUCAAGCUCAGUCCCGAGAAGGCUAUCUUCAUUUUCGUCAAGAACAUUCUGCCUCCUACCGCGGCGAUGAUGUCUGCCAUUUAUGAGGAGCACAAAGACGAGGACGGGUUUCUGUACAUGACCUACAGCGGCGAAAACACGUUCGGGAUCUUCUGAUUCGAAUCGGCCUGUCCUGUCUUCAAACGUGGAUACUGCAACCAAAAGACUCCAACUUACGAAUUUAGAUUAGGUGUGUACUCUCAUCUUUUGUCGAUGUUCCACGACCCUUUGGACGAAUGAUUUAUCUUCUCCCAAUCAUAUGAUCAUUAACGAGAUUUAUGCGUCCGCUUUAGUAUAAAGCAGGGGUUUCUUUGCGAAAGGAGCAUGUGAAGAAACUUGCAUUACUUGGA